UGCGGCUGGGGGAGGUGAGUGCGGCGUCGGGCGGCCCCUCCCCGGAGGCGGCGGGGGCGGCCGGGGCCCCGCCGCACCGCACGGCGCGGGCGGCCAUGGAGUGAGCCUAGAGCCCAGCAGGAAUUGUGGGAGGCGCUUCCGUGAAGAAAUGGACCAGUGUGUAUGAUCAUGGGAUCUCCUUGCUAACCAUCACCACCUGCUUGCUCUCCUUGAUAAGGGAGAGAGAGUGGGUCACGGGAAAAGGAAAAGAGGUCAACAUGAAGCUAAAGCAGCGAGUUGUGCUGUUAGCAAUUCUUCUUGUCAUCUUUAUCUUCACCAAAGUUUUCCUGAUUGACAACUUAGAUUCAUCAGCUGCCAACCGGGAGGACCAGAGAGCGUUUCACCGAAUGAUGGCUGGCUUGCGGGUGGAGCUGGCGCCCAAGCUGGACCACACCUUGCAGUCUCCCUGGGAGAUUGCAGCCCAGUGGGUGGUGCCCCGGGAGGUGUACCCCGAAGAGACACCUGAGCUGGGGGCAAUCAUGCAUGCCAUGGCCACCAAGAAAAUCAUUAAAGCUGAUGUGGGUUACAAAGGGACACAGCUGAAAGCCUUACUGAUCCUUGAAGGAGGACAGAAAGUUGUCUUCAAGCCCAAGCGGUAUAACCGAGACUACGUGGUAGAAGGGGAGCCGUAUGCAGGUUACGAUAGACACAACGCAGAGGUAGCCGCCUUUCACUUGGACAGGAUUCUGGGUUUCCGCCGAGCCCCCUUGGUGGUUGGCAGAUUUGUUAAUCUGCGGACAGAAAUCAAGCCUGUUGCCACGGAGCAGCUCUUAAGCACCUUCCUGACCGUAGGAAAUAACACUUGUUUCUAUGGAAAGUGUUAUUACUGCCGAGAAACAGAGCCAGCUUGUGCAGAUGGAGACACAAUGGAGGGUUCUGUCACACUUUGGCUUCCAGAUGUGUGGCCUCUGCAGAAACACCGACACCCGUGGGGCAGGACUUACCGUGAGGGCAAACUGGCCAGGUGGGAGUAUGAUGAGAGCUACUGUGACGCCGUGAAAAAGACGUCCCCUUACGACUCCGGCCCGCGCCUCUUGGAUAUCAUCGACACAGCCGUCUUUGAUUACCUGAUUGGCAAUGCCGACCGCCAUCACUAUGAGAGUUUUCAAGAUGAUGAAGGCGCCAGUAUGCUCAUCCUUCUCGAUAAUGCCAAAAGCUUUGGAAACCCCUCGCUGGAUGAGAGAAGCAUUCUUGCCCCUCUCUAUCAGUGCUGCAUCAUCCGGGUUUCCACCUGGAACAGGCUGAACUACCUGAAGACCGGUGGGCUGCGCUCUGCCUUAACGUCCGCCAUGGCCCAUGACCCCAUCGCCCCAGUGCUCUCCGAGCCUCACCUAGACGCCCUGGACCAGCGGCUCCUGAGUGUCCUGGGCACCGUGAAGCAGUGCACUGACCAGUUCGGGAUGGACACUGUGCUGGUGGAAGACAGGAUGCCUCUCUCCCACUUGUAAUCUCAACACAAAAUCAGUGAAACUGCUUUUUACAAAGAUAGAGAAACAGCACAAUCAAUUCCAAAUGGUAUGAGAUGGACUGGAAAUGGCCAGCAGCAAGUUGUGGUGAUAGGGGGUGGGGUGGCCUUGGAUUUCUGUGGUGUUUCCUGGAGUAGAAACUAAAGCAAAGACUACACGUUCCGGCCAUGGAAAUGUUCCUGCUGAAUCACCUUUGGACUUCCUCGGCACUGCCCAUUCUAGCAGUGGCGUCAGCGUUGGUCAGUGUGAAUUCUCAUGCCCAGGGACAGACCAGGGCGCGACGCUCGGGUUGGUUCUGGAGUUUGUGUUUUGAGUUCAUCCUUAAAGUCCUUUUGCCACACCUGUGGGUUUUCUGAAAACACUGCGAUCUCCUGAGUCCUUUUCUACCAGGACUAGUCAAAUUGGGAAUUUUACUGCCUCCUGAAGAGUGGCAGCAAGUAGAACCUGGCAUUAUUUUGAGCUAAAAGAGCAUGCUCUGUUGGAGGGGUUGUGUUUUCUAAGGUAGAAGAAGAAGGAAGGACAAAAGCAGGAAAGAUGUUUGGGCUUUUAAGGAAUCAGGUGGUAGGUAGUGCUUCUGAUCAUUCUUAGAGACGGGAAGGAGAGAGACAUCCACUCGAGAGAACUGGAACUGGGGAGAAGACUGAAUUAGUGAAAAGCAGGUUCCCUGUAUUCACAUUCUUAAGGUAUGUAGGAGUCAGUGUGACUUGUACCUAAGUCAAGUCUGCGUUCUCACAGUUGUUUCCGGAUUAACCAAAAAGUUGUCUCUAGAGAACAAUUGUUACAACUCAAACAUGAUUCUCUUAUAGAGACUUUUUUUUCCUUUUGCCCAAAGGAGGCAAAUCCUUUCCAAAUUAACAAAGCAAACUGAAAUAAUACCUUGAGUAAGAGUUAGGAUGCCUGUGAUCUCUGCCAUCCUGAUUUCUCUUCUGGAAUGAAUUUCCACCUCUGCCUUUAAGGCAUUUGAAGCUGCUGUUCCCAAGAGAUUGGCAAUCCUGUUUGUGCCUUUCUUGUGAGAAAAGCCAGCUCCUCCUCCACAUGCUAACGCACAUACUGCUGGUGGCUGGACCUGUCUUAAGAUUUGAGCCAUGCGGAAGACUGGAAACAAAGAUUUUAAGCCUUCUGAGCCUUAAAAUGAAGGAGGUUGUACCAGGAAGAGCCUUAAGAUUUUGACUUAUAUCAAUCCCUAAUUUCAUCAUUUGAUCUUGUUAGGAGUUCUGAACCCAUGAUGUAGUACUGUUCUCACGUCUCACGUUGGCACUCCCAAAUUUCAGGUUGCUACAACACAGGUUUAGUUCUGGGCUCUGGCCAAGAGAUUUGCCAUGUAAGCAGUUGCAGCAGAAUAUCGGACCAGAGGACGACAGGCCUGUGUGCCCACUCCUUGUGCUCUGAGCGGUGUGCUCUCGUCCGCAUCUUGUCGGUGCUGUUCCCCUGGGCGCUUCUGUCAGGCAGAGACUGACAUUUAAACAGUGUGGUUGAAGACAUUCAGUGCCAGCCACUGGAGACCAGUUUUAAACAACCACCUUUUUAAAAACAGUUUAGAAGUUAUGCCCCGAUGUCCUGGCAUUGAGAGAUAACUGAGUAACCUGUAAGUACUUUAAAAUAGCAUGAAAUUAGGAUACUUUUGUGCUUUGUAUACACAUUUUGAGACAUACACAAGAAUGGGCUCAGUUAUAAAAAGAAAAGGUAUUGAAUUUAAGAAGACAGAUACUAGCACAGAACAGUGAAAUCGUGUUAAAAGCAGGCAUUGAUUCCAAUUUUAAGGCCACGUAAUGUGUGCGUCCAGAGAAAUUCACAACUGAGCUUGAGGAUACCUAGUACGUACCCCAAAGUGUCAGGGAGCUGGCUAGUGGGAGACGGGAGGGUGUCAGUGCCACUCUCCUUGGUACGUGUUAGUUGAACUAAAUUAUGGACUCGUGUUUUCAGACACUUUAUUAUGCUAUAGUGGAAUGAAUGAGAACCGUUUUCAAACUGGGAGCUUUAUUCGUAACGUUACAGGCAGAAAAUUCUGCGAAGGAAAAGAGCAGGAGGGAAAGCCGCUUUGGGAAUGUCUCAUCCUUGUCUAAACCGUUGUUGAAAAUGUAUAAUUUCAUUCUUUUUCCCGAUUGUUUUAAAAUUCAGGAUCUUAAAGGUGUUCAGAUCUAUAGUGGUUAAAGUUAGAAUUAUGCUAAUAGAGUGGUGUGAGAUGGCACUAAGAAUAUACAUUUAUGUUCUAAGUCAGGAUUGGAUUAAGCUGGAAAAGUAUGUUUAGGUGAAUCUUGGAGAAAAUUGACCGUAAAUAUAUAGCCCUAAAAUUCACAAAUGCUAAAUUCUGCCUGAAAAAAAGAGAUAGAUAUCUUUUUAAAAGAUUUGUAACACUGUCCUCUUUGUGAUUUAUUUAUUAGAAUCUAGCACUAUUACAAUCAAACAACUCAUUGGAAGGUUUUUGGGCAUUCCGAAGUAGGGUAUGCCUAGCUAAUAUCUAACAGUUGGUGUGGAUACAGCUUAAUAUUAUAAAACUAGGAAAAUCAGAACUGACUGCCAUGUCUUGUCCUCGUACUUCUUAAAUAUGUUUAUUCCAGAGUUUGAGUGGGGAAAUACCAGUAUAGAGGUUUCAUUCUAAAACUGUUUUUUAAUAUGAGGCUAUAUUGUGGGUUUGCCCCAAAAUAAUUUUCUGUGCAAAACAAACUAAUAGGCAGGAUCUGAUUUGCUCAAAGUAUUGUUCAGUAAUAUAUUAGUAAGGCAGCUCUCUUUGCACUCAGGAUUAAUAUGUCAAAUGAAAUUUAAGAAAGAAAUGGGAGAAUUUGGAUACAUUCAUUGCAUAUUAUUUUGGGAACGAUGAAUCCUAUACGUGGCAAUUUUUCAAUGUCACCUGAGGGCAGCAUGUUCUUCCAAAGAAAUCCAUCUUUUCUCAAAAAGAAAAAGGCUUUUGGCUUCCCCCUCCCGUCUACCAUAUUCCUUCAACCUCCCUUCUCGAUGGUCCCUGUAUUCUUAUUUGACCAGUAAAUGACCACACCUCGAUGAUGGUAAAACAGCAUCUGUCAGUGAGCUGUCUUGGAUGAGUGAGCUUGAGCUUCAGGAAACGUGAGUAAAGCUAUAUGUAUGUAUAUAGUCAUAUGUAUUUUAGCAAGAAAAAACAUAUUUAUUU